GAAAGUUGUGAAGUAAGCAAAAAGUAAGCAAAAUUGAAGGAAGCAAAAAAAAAAAAGAAAAAAAAAAGAUUGAAAUGAAAACUGAAAAACAGAAAAAAUAGAAAAAACAGCAAAAAACGAAAAAAAGAGGAAAAAACAGAAAAAAACAGACCGCCAAUUUGGAACCAAAGGAAGAAAAAAAACACCAGGCACUUGGAAUUAGAAUUGGAAUCAGCGCUAGAAAAAAAGGAAGAAAAAAAGUGCGGCGCUAGGAUUGGAAUCACCGGCGCUGGAAUUUGAAAAAAACAAACCUGGGAUCUGUCGAUUGUAGAGAUCUGCGUGAGAGAGUUGCAGCAAGAAGUGAGCAGCAGGGAAGAAGAGGUGUGAUGAAGGAGAAGGGCAAAGCGGAAAAAAAUAGUUUUACCUCGUAUGACCGCCGAUUCGGCGGUAGCCCAUUUUUCACUGUUUAGAGCUUGCCCGCGAAGACCCGCUUCCGCUACACGGCGGCCCCCACCGCCAACCGCCGCCGGCUACUUGGCAGACUGGUUCUCCAAGUCCAUUAUUUCUCUGAAUUCCCAGAUCCUCUCCGCCUGCUCCUACGCCCUCCCGUCGCCGCGUUUCUCCCUCUUCUCUUUCCGUUAUGAAACCGACAGGGCCGUGGAGCCAGUCAUGCUCUCAGCCGCCACCUCCGCGUCACAGGAGGACCGAGGAGGAUACGGCGGCGGUGCGUUGCUGAGGAAAAUUGGGGUCGGGAUACUCGCGGCCGCAUAUGUAGGUAUGAUCUUGGGGCUUCUGCUUACUCUGGCGGCAAUUUUAGGCGUGUCGUUGGUAAGGUUGUGGGUGGAGGAGCCGGUUCUAUUGAGGGAGAGACUGAGCUUCGACUACACGGCCGCUCACCCCACGGCCACGUUCUCUUUUGCCCAUGGAAGCAGCGGCGGCGGCGGAUUCAUCGGGCAUAAGGGUAUUUUCGUCCCUAAGAACAAGAAAGUUGGUGUGCCUCUUGGCCAUACCUUUUAUGUCUCUUUGGUCCUUGUAAUGCCGGAAUCUGACUACAACAGAGAGUUGGGAAUCUUCCAGGUGGGUGCAGAGCUGAUAUCGAACGGCGGGAGUGCGAGGACGAGAUCAAGCCAACCAUGCAUGCUACACUUCACGAGCCAGCCGAUACGACUGAUGAGAGAAUUGGUGUGGGGACUACCCCUCCUACUCGGCAUAACGGCCGAAUCCCAGAGGAUCGUCAUCCCCAUGAUAAGGCACAAGGAGAGCCAUCCGAGAACGGAGGCCGUCCGAGUGACCUUGAUGCCGCGAGCCGGGACGGUAGAGCUCCCUCAAGUCUACGGGGCCGAAAUCGUCCUAAAGUCCCACCUCCCGUGGACGAAAGAGAUAUUGCAUAGAUGGAAAUGGACGCUCUACGUGUGGGCGACUUUGUACAUUUACACUACUCUCCUCAUCAUUUCCCUCUGUUGCUUCAGGCCGCUCGUCGUCCCCCUCCUGAGGGGGGGAGACGCCGGGGCCCACGAGGAAGAAGGUUUUGCCUCGGAAGGGAGGGAGGAGGAGGAGGAGAGUGAUGUGUUGGAGUCUUGGAAGAGGCGGAGGCUUGGUAGGUAUAGAAGGAAGAGGGGAACAAUGGUCGUCGAGCCGAAAGUGGUGGUGGAGGAGCCGCCGGAGACGGUGGCGGCGGUGGAAUCUUCUGCUUCGAGCUAUACGAUAACGAGAGAGGACACGAACCCGGACGCACCUCGGGAAGAGGCCGAGGACUCGGAAUCCGUGUGCUUCGGAAGCGGAGUUGAGGAAUGAACUUCUGUAUGUUUGGGGUAUCUUGCUGCAGUUUUCAUGUCGUUCCCUUCUUCCUUGAAUUAUGUACCGUUGUUUGAUGAAAUGAGCUUUGAUGAAAUGAGUUGGUAAUUAACCCAAAAAAAAACUUAUUUUAUCUGGUUUAGUUUUGAGAAUUGUUAAAUAAAUAAAGAGAAGUCAUCUUA